AUGUUCAACCCUGUGCCUGGUGGAGCUUGCCGCCAGUGCCCCGUUGGCACCUUCCGUGUGGCUGGCGGCGGUGAUGGCACCCAGUGCACCAAGUGCCCUCCCGGCACCUUCACAGACCUGACCGGCCAGGCAACCUGCACUCCUUGCGCCACUGGUUACGCCAAUGCCGAUACAGCGGUGCGGCCAACACACCGCUGUGCACACCGUUGCCCCAAGGGCUACGGCGUCGCUGAUGAGGGCAACAGCGCCUGCGACGUCUGCGGCCCCGGCACCUACCAGGACGAGGAGGGCCAGGUUGGGUGCAACGACUGCCCUGUGGGCACCUACACCGAGAUGACCGGCAGCACCGAGCUAGAGGCCUGCCUGCCCGCCCCCAAGGGCAACUACGCCCCAGGCACAGGCAACGACGGCUUCAUCCCCUGCGAGGGCGGCACCUACCAGGACGAGGAGGGCCAGGGUGCGUGCAAGCCCUGCCCGCCGGGCAACCAGUGCCCUGCGGGGUCGGUGGAGCCCAAGAAGUGCCGCCCUGGCUUCUAUGCCGACAGCCGGCAGCCCUUCUGCAAGGAGUGUGCCAAGGGCACGUACCAGGACAAGGAGGGGCAGCGCGCCUGCAAGCCCUGCCCUGCUGGCAGCUACUGCCAGGCCACCAAGAUGGCCACCCCCACGGCCUGCCCGGCUGGCAAGUUUGUUCUAUGCCGACAGCCGGCAGCCCUUCUGCAAGGAGUGUGCCAAGGGCACGUACCAGGACAAGGAGGGGCAGCGCGCCUGCAAGCCCUGCCCUGCUGGCAGCUACUGCCAGGCCACCAAGAUGGCCACCCCCACGGCCUGCCCGGCUGGCAAGUUUGGCGUCAAGUUCUCCUCCAUCACCCCCAACGACUGCCAGGCUUGCCCCAUCAACGUGAGUGUGUGGCACUAUUCUGA